UUAGAAUUAGAUUGUUGAGCGUCGCAUAUUUGUGUUUUGUACUAUAUUGUGUUCUGGCACUGAGAAAUAGCAUUCUAGGAUAGAAGAUGGCCUCACAGGUUUGCAAAUCUGCUUCCAGAGCCGCGAGGUCCCUUCUCUCUGCUUCCAGGGCCUCUCAAGGACGUGCGGUUGCGGCUGCUGCCGCUGUUACAUUCAGCAACAAAGUGCCUCUUUUGGCCUCAAAUUAUGGGAGGAGCGGUUCUGGAAGUGGAUCCGCAUCAUGGAUUCCCGGAGCCCUUGCUCUUCCUGCUGCAGCUUACAUGUUCCAAGAUCAGGAGGUGCAUGCAGCUGAGCUGGAGCGCACUUUCAUUGCCAUUAAGCCUGAUGGAGUACAGAGAGGGCUGAUUUCUGAGAUUAUAUCUCGUUUUGAGCGGAAAGGGUACAAGCUUGUGGGAAUUAAAGUAGUGAUUCCUUCAAAGGAAUUUGCCCAAAAGCACUACCACGACCUGAAAGAAAGACCCUUCUUUGAUGGGCUGUGUAAUUUCCUAAGUUCUGGCCCCGUUAUUGCAAUGGUGUGGGAAGGACAGGGAGUUAUUUCCUAUGGCCGAAAGCUAAUUGGAGCCACAGAUCCACAGAAAUCAGAGCCUGGAACCAUUAGGGGUGAUCUGGCUGUUGUUGUUGGAAGAAAUAUCAUCCAUGGGAGCGAUGGUCCAGAGACUGCGAAGGAUGAGAUUAAGUUGUGGUUUAAGCCAGAGGAGUUGGUUAGUUUCACUAGCAAUGCAGAGAAUUGGAUUUAUGGUAAUUGAUUAUUUCCCUCAUCCUCAGUGAGUUUUUGGAAUAAAUCAUUUGUCAGCGGCAAUACUGAACUCUAGAAGCUACAAAUAAGCGCGAUUGAGAUUAUUACCGUUAUUAUUUCAGUUCUAUAGGAAUUGCAUUGUUUUAUCACUCGGGUGAAGAGUGCAGAUAUAUAUAUAUGACAUUAUGAUGCCAAUAUUUCAGAAUAGGGUCAACUGUGUUUUUUCGGAAA